AUGUCGGAAAUACUGAUGAAGGAAAUGGAUAGUCUGUCGGUCGGCCCAAAGAAGUCAGAGGAGUUGAGGGAGGGGGCCCAGAGCUUCCUGCUGGUGGACGAACAGGAAAACCUGCAGGUGAAAAAUGACGCUGAGUUUGUGGAGAGGCUCGGCUGUGCUGACGUCACUGGGGUCAAGGUCCUCUCCAUCUUUGGCAACACCGGUGAUGGCAAGUCCCACACGCUCAACCACAUCCUGUUUGGGGGUGAGAGCGUGUUCUACACCUCCAAGUCCCCCAGCUCCUGCACGGUGGGCGUGUGGGCCGCUUACAAUCCCUCCCUGAACCUCAUCGCCCUGGAUACAGAGGGUCUGUUGGGAGCAGCAGCCAAUCAAAACCAGAGAAUGCGUCUUCUUCUAAAGAUUUUGGCCGUGUCUGAUAUCGUUGUCUAUCGCACUCGGGCGGAGCGUCUCCACAAUGACAUGUUCCAGUUCCUGAGCAGCGCGUCCAGGGCCUACCUGAAGCACUUCACCCGAGAGCUGAAGGCUCUGUCCAGUCGGUGCGGUCUGGACGUCCCCCUGUCGUCUCUCGGACCCGCGGUCAUCGUCUUUCAGGAGACAACACACACUCAGCUGCUGGGCCAGGACUCGAAGGCGCCUGGUUAUGCUGACACUCUUCUUCAGAAGCGUUUCCAUGACUUGAGUUUGGGGACAGAGGCCUUCAGCUCGGUCCAGUACGUCGGCACUCAGACCGUCACCCCCCCCACCGACUACAACAAGCUGCUGGAGGCCGUCAGGCAGCAAGUGAAUAACACUCACACGCGCUCCCCGCGCCAGCCUGGGAUUGUGUUUCAUGCUCUGGAAGCUCUGAGCGAGCGUUUCAGUGGAGAACUAUCAGACGAUAAAAUUACGCUGUACUCCUUCUUCCCUGAUGAGUACUUCACCUGCUCCUCUGUGUGCCUCAGCUGCAACAUCCGUUGUAAAAACGGCAUGAAUCACCUCAGAGACCGGGUCCCCCACAUGGCAGAUGGACUCUGCCAGUUUGCUCACCAGUUCAACAACAAGGUCCUCAUCUGUAAACGGUGCUACGAAGGAGGCCGGGAGGUGAUCGUUGUGCCCAAAACCUCGGCUUCUUCUGACAACCCGUGGUUUGGGCUGGCCAAAUACGCCUGGUCAGGAUACGUGCUGGAGUGCGCCAGCUGCGGCGUAAUCUACCGGAGCAGGCAGUACUGGAUGGGCAACCAGGACCCUGAAAGCGGCGUGGUCCGCUCCGAGGUCAAGCAUGUCUGGGAGGAUUCCGACAUGUUCAUGACCAGCCACCAGAACGCGGCUCAAAGGGUUCUGGACGGGAUGAACUAUGUGAUCCAGUCAGUGUCUGAGUAUGGAACCGGCCCCACCAAAGCCGUCACUGCCUGGCUGACUGACCAGGUGGCUCCGCCGUACUGGAGACCCAACGCAGAGAUCACUGCCUGUCAUGGAUGCCAGAAAGAGUUCAAGGAGGCGGAUCGGAAGCAUCACUGUCGAUCAUGCGGCGAGGGUUUCUGUCAUCCCUGCUCCAACCACAGGAUGCCGGUGCCACAGCGGGGCUGGGGAAGCAGUCCUGUCCGGGUGUGUCAGCCCUGCCACCAGGGGGGAGGACCCACCGAUACCAACAGCCAGGUGAGUAAAGUGGAGUCUCACGGUCUGAUGGCUCGCAGGGUUACGGAGGUGGCUCAAUCCACAGUGGAUAUGGUCACCACGGCGUUGGACUACCCCCGCUCUUUCGUGAAGGACGUGGCUCGGCCAGACUACUGGGUCCCGGACCACAGCAUCACCCAGUGCCAUGAAUGCAAUAAGCCCUUCACCCCAGCCAUGUCCAAGCACCACUGCAGGGCCUGUGGUCAGGGGGUGUGUGGCCCCUGCUCCACCCACAUCAAACCCGUUCCUUCCCGAGGCUGGGACCACCCGGUCAGGGUGUGCAACGGCUGCUUUGCUCGCACCGACACCCUGUGACCGCCCGCCACAUUCGGAACAACUUUCCAGUCUUCCUUAGAUGGUCCCAUUCAGCACUGUGAAUCCCAACGCUCAAGGAACCUGAGAGGGAUCAACCCAACGGCACUAAGAAACUAAACUGAACUGGAAUCAGCUUUCAUGGGGACUAAAGAGGAACCUCAGAGGCUUGAUAUAAUCACUAGGUGGGGUGCUGUCAGCUCUGCUGAAGUAUCUGUUUCACUCUUAUCUGCCUUUAUUUUACAAACUGGUUCUGCAUCAGUUAUAAGGCGUCAUAUCCAGCGGCAGAGCUGUUUUUCUGCAGCCUCUCAGCAUCAAGGAACUUUGAGUCGAACUGGACAAAAGAACAAGCUGCACAUUUAACUUUUAACAGACAGUUUUUUUCAUGUCUGAUGUUUAUCUCCUCAGUUCUCGUUAAGUUGCAGAAGAACUUAAACCGAGGUUUAUAUUAUUGUUUCUUCCCUUUCUGCAGCGGGCUGCUCAUACUUACCAUACUUACUAACUAGUUAAUUUAAAGUAAAAGGGAGUUGUUUGGAUUUUCUUAAUUCCCCCAAGCCAUAGGAAGCAUCUUUUUGGUCUCUUGUUGCACAGAGAGCAGAGAUUGAAAAUCUUGGAGUUAGAAAAACAAAGUUUGGGGUGUUCCUGUGGUUCACGAGGUUCAUCUGCAGCAGCGUGUGCCUUCAUGGGUAUAUUUCUACUCAAUUAAACAUAUCAUUAAUUAUGGAUUUAUUUCACUUAUUGCCUUGAAUAUCAUUUACAGUUAUAUUUGCUAUAUAGCGAAAGCAAUGAGAAUAAAAUCAAUAUCUUAGCACAUUUAGACAUUCCAGUGGGUUAAAAGCCCUGAGUAUUGGAGUAGAUUUACUUCUCAGAAAGCUAAUGCAGCUGCACUAAACCAGAAAUGCAGUCUCAUCUAAUUAUAUGUAAAUACAACAUUGAAAGUUUGGUUUAAAAACUAUCACUUUUCUUUGUCACAGAUUCUUGCUUUAGUUUAUUUUUCUGUGUAAAAUGCAGUUUUUAUUCAAUUCUGGUAAUUGAAACUCUUGACUUUGAUCUUAAAUAAAAUAACAUUGACCAAAUAAAGAAAAGAAACAAAUUUU